UCCUCCCGUGCAGAGUGUUCAAGAAGACCGCCCCCAAUGGGAAGAUCACCCUGUACGUGGAGAGGCGGGAACUCUGCAUCACCGAGAAUGGCAUCCAGCCCCUGCAAGGCAUCCUGUUCGUCGACGCCAACUACGUCAAGGACAGGAAGGUCUACGGCCAGUUCGUUCUCACCUUUCGCUAUGGCAGGGAGGACGAGGAGGAGGUGAUGGGCCUCAGGUUCUGCAACGAGGCGUGUCUUCAGGCGCAGCAGCUGUGGCCGAUGCAGAACGAGGACACCAGCCACGAGGACAAGAACCUCACGCCUCUCCAGGACACCCUGGUGAAGAGGCUGGGGGCGGGGGCGGUUCCUUUCUCCUUCUCCGUCUCUUCCCUGGCGCCGCCCUCCGUCACCCUGCUGCCCGCCCGCUCCUACGCCGGGGCGCCCAUCGGGACCAACUAUGAUUUGCGCAUCUUUGUGGGCGACAACCCUGAGGACAAGCCCCACAAGAGGUCCAGCAUCAGGAUGGGCAUGAAGCUGUACCAGUUGGCUCCAUCUAACGAGAACAUCACCCCAUACGCAGCCUUCUCCAAGCAGCUGCUCCUCGCCGACGGCCAGGUGGAGGUGGAAGCGACGCUGGACAAGGGUGUCUACGAGAGGGGCGAGGAAGUGGGCGUUAGUGUGUCCAUUGCCAACCAUUCAUCCAGGAACGUGAGGAAGAUCAGGGUGAUGAUAGUGCAGUACGUGGACGUGGCCAUGUUCAGCAACGGCAAGUUCAAGAAUAUUGUCGCAUCGGUGGACUCGACGGAGGGGUGCCCAGUGACCUCCGGCGCCUCUCUGACCCGCCAGUUCCAGAUGCGUCCUGCCCGCGGCACCAUCAAGAACUGGAUUGCCCUCGAGGAGUUUUACGACAGGGACAGCAUGUUGGCCUCCUCCGUGGCGCGGCCUGAAGGGCAGGAGAGGAACGUGUUCGCCAUUUAUGUCAGUUACUACGUGAAGGUCAAGCUCUUCACCAGUGCCAUCGGUGGGGAGGUGAGCGUGAAGGUGCCGUUCAAGAUGAUGCGUCGCUCCGACACCGAGGAUGCCGAGACCAACACUCCUCAGACGGCCCAGGAAGCAACAGAUGGGGUCCAGAUUACUACCUCCCAGUCCAUGUUUGACCUGACCUCGAGGAACGGCCGUCGCGAGAUGGCCAAGGCCCGCCGCUCACCGCCCUCCCGCUCUACCAGUGAGGACUCCGGACGCUGCUCUGACGGGGGACGGACCUGUCUUGACCCUGAACAGUUCCGCUCCGCCGUCCAGAUCCAGGGGCAGGAACGCGGGCGUCUCGUGAACUCCGCCUGCUGAGCCUCAUCUGUCUUAUCGCCCCUCCCCGCCCUGCCCCGCCCCGCCCCGCCCCGCCCUGCCCUGCCGCACCACGCCCCGCCUCUGCAGGUGUAGUGGUGGUGAUGUUGGGGGGGGGCGGUGGGGGGGGCGUGGCAGCAGCCUCAAGUGGGAGUCAGGGUGUUACGGUUCAGCAGUGUGAGCCAACCAGCAAGGUGUUUAUUUUUUUCAAUUCCAGUGAUAUAAGUUGGGGUAUUGAAAAAUAUUUAUCCACAUGAAUAUACAGGAAUCAUGUAAAAGUAGGUAGCCAUCUGAAAAAAAAAUCAUAAAUGGGACGAGUUGAGAACAAAACGUUAUUCAGGCAAAUACAAAAUUAGUUGGUUGUAAGCAUCUGGUCACGAGGAAUUACACAAAAGGUUAAUAAUCAUCUACCUGAAAGGUUCUUUAAAGAACAAAAAUAAUGAUGAAAUUAGACCCCUUUACAAUAUUCAGGUGAAUACAACUCGGAAGGUUAGUCCCCGCUGUCAUACUCUGAUCUCAGGCACCUGCAGCCAUGUCACGGUUCGUAACUACUUACUCGCCUCCAGACCAACACUAUCCUGUAAGCUCUUGCCCUAAUGGAGAGUCCUACAGCCAGGGUGAGGCGCUAAAUGGUGGAACCCUCCACUCAGAGGUCCUCAGCCCUCAGUACAGGCCGUGAACCUUCCAAACUCCCUUACUCCUUCCUCUCGUGGGUGCUCCCAGCCCGCAACACAGCGAGCGACCUGGACUGCAACAGCGUCCUCAGCAUGUGCUGCCGUGUGUUGCGGGUCUUUAUUUUGCUUCGCGAGGCGCCUGAGUGAAGCUACAGGGACGAUGCCUUGCCCACAGCGCCGUUGGUUUCCAUAGCCAGUGGGAUUCUGAACAGAGAAAAUGAUAAAUAAAAGAUGGAUAUAGAUUUAUAUUCAGCUCCCAGUAAAAGUGCCUGUUGAAAAUACUUGAACCUCUAUAAUAAUAUAUUAUAUAUAGAGAACAACAAGGUAUUUAUCUACUCACAUAAAUGAUAUAUAUUCACACACCUGCGUAUAUGUAGCCCUCGGGAACAGGUCGCCGUCGCGGGCGUGAUGCGGCCUCUUAGCGACCUCGUGCUCGUCAUAUUCGAGGCUUCACUAGACACCAGAAGAGGUGGACGGAGGCUGAGGCUUCACCAGCAGCCACGAGCCUCGCUCGCCUUGGUGCUCGAGACUCGUUUUUUUUGUACACGGUCAAAGGGAAAAGUCGCCGCCGCCGCCUAGCGCAUGGCUUACCCUCUUCCUCCACCCUUCAUCUCCCAGCCGCCUCUUCCCGCUGUUCCUCUCCUCCUCCUCCUCCUCGUGGACGCCCAAGCAGUUCCACGAGGAGACGCCCCGUACAGUAUUAGAGUCGAUGACGCUAUCAAACUUUAUAGAUUUACUAAAAAAUCAAAACCUACGGUAAUAAAAGCAAUGGAUUUGUGUAGGAAAGUACCCUUACAUAUAUUUUAUUUAUUGAUAAGUUGAUUUCAGUAUUCAGUAAAUCAAAGCUGUGUAUGAGUAAGCCCUUGAAAAAAAAACUUCAAUGUUUUGGGUUUCUGCUUCAAAAAAAGUAUGCCAGUUA